AUGGAUACUAUCUACACCGUUGUUGAAAGUAAGUUUGCUCAUUUUCAACAAAAAAUACUUAAAAUUUUGAUUCUCACUAGUUAAAAAAUUAAAUAACUCAAUAUUUGUUGUUAUAGGCAUCCAUCUGUUUCUUCCCAUUGUAGCGAUUCUGGUUGUAGCCGGCUCCAUAUUUCUCUUUCGAUCGGCUCCAAAUGAAGACGAAGUGCUACAUUCAGCUGCUGCCCAUGCUGAGCGUAAGUUUUUCAACUUUUAAAAAAAUCAGGGCUAAACGAUAGUUUAAAGAGCUAUUGUGAUGUCAUUUAAAAAAUCCUACUUCAGUUUAGAUGAUAAAGUAAUUAAAAAAUUUUAUUUCCAGAAGAAACACAAUCCAAAGCAAAAGCCAAAAAAGAUUCAUAACCUCAGUGCAGCUCUACAAUUCCAAUAUUAAAAAGGUUAAAAGUUUGUAACAGAUGAUAUUGUACAUAAUUACUUACAUUUUAUAAUAAAUCUUUUUUUUUUGAUUACCUUAAUAAGCGACAUUACACAAAGCUCUAUCCAAAUUUUUGUGUCGUUAUAUAAUAAAACUAGAUAUACACACAGCCUUAGAGAAAUUGUAAGAAAGUUUGUUACGUAACUCUUCUUAUGUAAUAUUCAUGACUUUAUAUAACAUUUGCCUCGUUGAAAAACGACUCAACAAAUUACUGCGAGUGCUAAGAUUUUUUGUACGGUACAAAUUUUUAUCUGCCGAAUUAUACGAGUAUAUAAACAUUCACUUUAUAGUUAUAAGGCUUCAUUUUUGAUUGCUAUAUCUAAACAGAAGCCUAAGCCUAAGCCUAAGCAUAAGCCUAAGCAAAAGCAAAAGCCUAAGCCUAAGCCUAAGCCUAAGCCUAAGCCUAAGCCUAAGCCUAAGCCUAAGCCUAAGCCUAAGCCUAAGCCUAAGCCUAAGCCUAAGCCUAAGCCUAAGCCUAAGCCUAAGCCUAAGCCUAAGCCUCAGCCUAAGCCUAAGCCUAAGCCUCAGCCUAAGCCUAAGCCUCAGCCUCAGCCUAAGCCUAGGCUGAGCACUGCACUUUUCUUGCGGCAUGUUGCGUAA